CUUAAAAUGAGUAUGUGUUACUGCGCGUGCUAUUGAGUUUCAUCUCAUGACUCCCCUUAAAUGCAUGUGCUACCAUACUUCAUAGUUAUUAUUAUCGAAAUUAUUUAUAUGCUUGGAGCAACUGUUAAUUUCAAUGGACGAUUUAAUUCCAGUGAAUUGAACAACUCUUAUUUCUGUCGAACUAUAUCAAAGAAUACAAGUUCUAAUAACAAAUUCAAAAAUGUUUUUGAUGAAAUAGUAGAGUAUAAGCUCCUUAAGCAACUAUUAUACAGUGUAAAUGAAAUUCCUGUGAAUUUUAUAAGAUUGAACAAGCAUUUAUUGUCAGAAUGCAUGAAACAAGAUGGCAUUGGUGACACGGAUAUCUACAUAUACGCAAUGUUGUUUUAUAAUGAUCUUGAGAAACUGUACAGAAUGCUGCCUGGCAAAAUAUCUUUCGAAAUGGUUGAUCAGUAUCUACAACGCCUCAUGAUCUCUAUCUUGACUACAGAAGCAAAUAGCAGAAAUCUCGGCCUCUCACCUGACAGUCUAAGGACAUGUUUUCAAAGCAACAGGCUUUUUGCGCACUCUGUUAACAUAUUCGGAGAUCAGUCCUAUGAAUGGUUUAAAUCAUUUAGUCAAGGUGUCAAGCAUUAUCAGAGAAUUCACAGGAUGUUACAACUGACGUUGAAUGUCCUGGAUUCAGGUCCUAGUGGUUCAUGUCAAGCUGGUAUACGAAAGCUUAGCUUGGGCUGCCCGGAUACAGAUCGCUGUUUUGGAACUGUCGUCAAGCAAGAAUGUUCAACUCCAUGUUCGAGUUACUGCACAAAUAUAAUUCGUGGUUGUUUAACUCCACCUGUCUUGUUUGCCCCAAAACAAAUUGCUUAUCUUGAUAUGAAGUUAUUAUGGAAUUAUAAGAGUCAAGUGCACUUUAAUGAUCUGGUAGCGUCAUUAAAUGCUACCAAUUUGUACACACUUCUAAGAGAAGGACUCAAAAAUGUCGAAAAAAACGUCCCAACACUCAAAAUUAAGCUUCAACAAUUCUGUCGAGGAAGCAAAUUACAAAGUACUGCAGUCUCCUCAAGUGCAUCUUAUCAAAACAACGUUUUACUAAAUGAGAUGAAGACUGUAUAUGAUAUGAAUUUCAGUGUAGAAUACAAUAAAAUGAUAGAUUUUAUAAAAACAACUGAAAAGGAGUUGAACUCCUUGAUUAACAAAGUGGAUAAUUUGAAAAAAUACAUAAAUAGGAUUGAACUAUUCUAUUGCUCCGAAGGAAAUGAAUAUAUGUGCUGGAAUGGAUCAUCAUUUGAUCGGUACACUAGGAAAGUUUCAGAUUUUUCAAUAAACAGUCAAAUGAGCAACCCAGAAAUAAUAAUAACAAGCGAAGACUUACAAUUUCGUUUGCCUCAAGAAAUGCAUGUGCGAAGAAGGACAGAAGCUAAAGGCAGCUAUCCCAAGAUGAAUGUAGGAAGUGAAAUUCCAUCAUCCAACUUGGUAAUCAGUCAAACCAGCUCCAAACUGGAAAAUGAAUUUACCGCAGAAUCAAGCGGUAUGCAUCCUCAGUUCUCGCUUACUGAACUUGAUAUGUUUCAAAUGAAUACUUAUUACGACGACGGAAAUCCCUCAAAAGUGUUUAGUGAUUCUAAUGGCAGACAAGAAAAUAAUGAUAUUUCUUCAGAUGACUUGAUUAAUCGAGCUGUGAGCCAAGGAUGUCCUGUGGAUGAUGAAGACUGUCAGUUACAUUUUACUGAUAUCCCUCUUGAGGAAAAGGAUAACAGUGAAGGUAAUGGAUAUUCUACAUCACAUGAUGUAUCGUUGGAUUCAGAAAGAAAUUCUCGAGGUAUUUAAAUUUCAUAUCAAAUGAUUAAGUAACUGAGAUUUUUAAUUUCAGAGAACAAUUAGCAUUUUGGUUGCUUUCAUUGAGAUUCACCUAGGAAAUAUUGCCAAUUUUUCCUGAGCGUUUCCCAGCACACAAUCUAUCAUAAAGUCGUAGUUGUCAUUCUUUGAUUCGACACAGAAACAUUUAGUUGGCUGAACACAGGGAAUUGAACUUAGCAAGAAAUGUGGUUUAUCACUUCUGAGUAUGCUAGUGGAAUAUGGACUAACCCGCUACUUAAGACUAAUUUAACAACGUAGUGUUGUUGUGAUAUAUGUUCACAGGCUAUUCUUAAUCUUUCUUCAAUAUCAUCCAAAUUUUCGUAUCAUUGAUUUUAGGUAGUUUCACUUAAUUAUGAGAUAAACUGGUAUAACUGGCAAGUGGAUGAAGAAUAACUUUUCACACUUAAUAUUUUACUUUUGAUGCAACCUUGUGAACUAAUUUCGUAAAAGCCAUAAUCUGCGAUUUGUGCUGCAAUUAAAACUUUAUUUGACAAAUUUAAUACUAAAUUUUCCCACCUUUGACCAAUGAUUGUUAUUUUGGAGUGUUAGCAACUGGCAAAAUAAUUUCUUAAUAGCUACUGUUAUCAUGAAAGUAUUUAUGGUGUUACGCAUGACUUCGAUUAUAUACUAAGUAAAGGUGUGUGAUUUAUCAGUCCUGCUUAAUCAAAAUUUCCAAAGUAAUAAAAAUGUCUUUUUAAAUGUCAGUCUAUGCUUCAAAUGCAUUAGAAAAUGUUACACUGCUUAAAUAUUUGUGCUGACUGUAUUGAAAUACUUGCCUGAUAAAGAUUUAAGGACAAUAUCGGGCAGGUUUCCUCCUGAGUAUCGUGUACAUAUCCGUAGACGUAUUAUCAGUAGUUUUCUCCACUGAUGAAUAAGGUAAUAUUUGUAAUUCAUUAUAAUAAAGGCUUUUUGUAUUUCCCAACGAAUGUAAAACAAAACGGUAUUGGAAUCCAUAUUGUCUGAAUAGGAAUGAUGGACUGAAACAGAAUUUGACCUGGUUACAAUACCUCCCCAUGAAGUGACAAAGUCAACACGAAUGUGAUAAGCAAUUUCAUUAUGUAAGCACACGCUGCUUUUAUAAUUUUACACACUGAUCAAAUCCGACAAUCCACACCUGAUUUUGUUAUCUUUACCAAUAGGCCAAUUUGACAAAGGAAAAAUGACAUCAUGCUGAAGAAGGAUGAUUAAGUUGUUAUAUAUAAGCUUAGAUUUUGCAAAUUCUGGUUUAAUAAUACUUUGAUAAAGCUAUUAGAAUUAAAUAGCGAAACACCAGUGAAAACAAUAUCGUUUUGUUUUUCAUUCAUUGAAAAAUACAAAAUCCUUUAUUACAAUGAAUAUCGCAUACCCAGUGCCCACAUUUUUCAAACUGUUAAAAGUGAACUUGGUUUGGACAUAUGUAACAUUGGUAAGCCUAAUAUUUUAGGUGCACCGACGAAGAUAAAUGCAUUGAUAAAGAAAAUGGUUAAUGAUCAGUAAACUUAACGCCUGUUUAUGCAGUAACCUGAUUAUAGAGUUUUCUGAAAGAUUUUUUUCUAAGAACUGUGAAUCACUCCUCCUUAUUUAAUUGUCAGUUUGGAAUAGGAUGAGAUUUAUUAUUUUAGAUAUGUAAGAGUAAUUCCUAUGAGACAUACUUUUACUCAAAUUUUCGUUCACUGGUGAAAUUUUAUCAUAAUUGCUUAUUUUUUUUGUAGAUAACCAGUUGAGUGGAAAUAAAAUUACGAUGGAAACACAGCUGAAUAACCUGAAAAUAUCUAACACCUCGAAAACUCUGAAAUCUGAAAAGCAGAUUAAUUCUGUGAACAAGAUAUCUACGAGUUUGAUGGUUAUUAUAUGCACCACACUGGUAAACUUUGUUUGUUUCCAUAAUGUUUAGUCUCUAAAAAGACUGAAUUUCACUGUAAAUAGACUGUUUUAGUAGCUUUUUCUAUAUGCUUUGUAUUCUUCUUCCUAAUUUUUAUUAUUCUUGGCAUAAAAGCAAAAUCUAUUCUGUUUGUUACACGUGCAUAAUUCCUACGACGUUAAUCUACACAUAUAUGAUGUGUUCAUAAACAUUUCUAACCUAACCGUUGAUUGGUUUAAAAGGUUGACUUUUCUAUGCAUUUCUCUACACUUCGCUUUAAUUUCGGAUGCAUUCUUGGCAUGAUUUCCCAUCUCAGUUUCUUAAAUGCCCUCAUUCUUCCUUUCUACAAAAAUUCUAUGUACUGCAUUACUGUCUGAUUUCAGGUUUCACCUGCCUUGAUGCGAUCAUGUGCUGGUGUGCUUUUUUAAACAGAAUAACUUACUGCAGAUACUCAUAAUAAACUUUAAAACUACGUAAGGUUAUCCACAUAUUGAACAUAACUGAUCCAAGUAUAUCAUCGUCUGUGUUAUGAUAUAUAUAUUUUUAUAUAAGGUGGUACAGAAUUAUUCUAAAAGGUUUGUGUUUAAGAUAACUCGACUUCGUGUAAAUACAUGUUCCUCAAAAUCAGUGA